AUGGCGGAACCCCAAAUCUCCAAGACGUACCCUGUGAAACCCAAGCACAAACCUAAGCCCCGAACCCCAAAACAAACCGCAGAAUCCAAAUACUGGUCCUCCUUCAAAACCAAGCAAAUCCCAGACCUCAUCUCCUCCAUAACCUCCCUAACCUUCUCACCCACAACCCCACACUCAUUCGCUGCGGCGCACUCGGCCUCUCUCACCCUCUACAAUCCCCAAAACAAAUUUUCACCCACCGCCACCAUCUCUUCCUUCCGCGACGUCGUUUCCUCUGCCUCGUUCCGAUGCGAUGGUCUCCUCAUCGCCGCCUCAGACCUCUCGGGCCUGGUCCAAGUAUUCGACGUCAAAACCCGAACCCCACUUCGCAAGCUUCGUUCCCACACACGCCCAGCCCGUUUCGUCAAAUACCCAGUUGCCGAUAAGCUCCAUUUGGUUUCCGGCGGCGACGACGCAAUCGUUAAGUACUGGGACGUCUCCGGCGAGACCCCAAUUUGCGACUUGCUGGGCCACAAGGACUAUGUGAGGUGCGGCGAUUGCUCACCGGUUAGUGCGGACAUGUUCAUAACUGGGUCUUAUGAUCACACAGUGAAGCUUUGGGAUGUAAGAGUUAAGGAUUCUGGGUCAGUAAUGGAAGUGAAUCAUGGCAAGCCGGUUGAGGACGUAAUUUUCUUGCCAUCCGGGGGGUUAAUUGCAACAGCUGGUGGCGAUUCUGUGAAGAUUUGGGAUUUGAUGGGAGGUGGAAAAAUGGUGUAUUCAAUGGAGAGCCAUAACAAGACUGUGACUUCGAUUUGUGUUGGAAAACUUGGGAAGGAUGUUGGGGAAGAAGCACAGCAGUACAGGAUUUUGAGUGUGGCAUUGGAUGGUUAUAUGAAGGGUUAUUGGGACUUCGAAUGGGACAAUAUACGCUGGGAGGAGGAAGAACAAGGAAGAUUUGAGGGUGGCUCUGAUGAGGAGCUAGAGAGGCCGCUUUCCAAAUAUGAGAGGAGGCAAAAGAAGCUGAAGGCGUUAAGCUCUGGGGAUGCUGGGGGAUUGGGACCUGUGGAGGAACCACAGGUUCAGGUUUUGAAGCCUACUAAUUUUCGAUAUUUCCACAGAGGGCAAGGAGAGAAGCCAUCCGAGGGGGAGUAUUUGGUAAUGAGACCAAGGAAAGUGAAAUUAGGCGAGCAUGACAAGCUGUUGAAGAAAUUUAGGCACAAGGAAGCUCUAGUGUCUGUGUUGGGUAGUAAGAAUCCGGAGAAUGCUGUGGCUGUGAUGGAGGAAUUGGUAGCAAGGAAGAAAUUGCUGAAAUGUGUUUCGAAUUUGGAUACAGAGGAGCUCGGAUUGUUGCUGAUGUUUUUGCAGAAGCACUCGACCGUCCCUAGUUACUCAGGGUUGUUGAUGGGGUUGACAAAGAAGGUUCUAGAGAUGAGGGCUGAAGACAUUAGAGCUUCUGACGAUUUGAAGGGUCAUAUUAGGAACCUUAAAAGGUCUGUUGAGGAGGAAAUACGAAUACAACAAUCAUUGCAAGAGAUACAGGAGGUUGUGACAGACAUGAUUGGAGCUUUGGAUUUGCUCAAUUCUCUUAACUCUUUACUUCGUGAGACAGAGAAAAAGGCACCCUUGCAUUUGUUAGUGAUUGAUGAAGCCGCUCAGCUUAAAGAAUGUGAAUCAGCAAUUCCUUUGCAACACCCGGGUCUUCGCCAUGCUGUUCUCAUAGGAGAUGAGAGGCAACUCCCUGCUAUGGUUUUAAGCAAGAUCUCCGAGAAGAGAAGGGUGGUUUUGGAAGAAGUUUGUUCGGAAGACCUCUACUGUUGGGACAUGAGAGGCACCUUCUCAAUGUCCAGUAUAGAAUGCAUCCAUCAAUCAGCUUAUUCCCAAAAAUGGAGUUUUACAACAACCGGAUAUUAG